CCCCUCAUCACCGCCUCCCGCCUCCUCAAAACCCUCUACCUCUUCGGCGGCCUCUCCGCCCUCCUCUACGGCACCUCCACCUACCUCGUCGCCCCCAUGUCCUCCGCGCUCUCCGACUCCCGGCACGAGCUCGCCGCAGCCGCACAAGCGCAUCUCGACACCCUGAUUGGCAAGCUGAAGCCUCUUGUCUCCGAAGUUCCCCAACCAGUGUUAGCACAGGGAGAGCGCUACGAAGACAGGGACGAUGGGGACUCCGACGGCGACCCGACGGAGAUGUUCCACCGCGACAUCGGGGUGCAGACCUCCCCCCCCCCCUCGCGCCCCUCCUCUCCCUCUCAGGAGCCGAAGAUCUCAGUAGCGGAGGCACAGGCGAAGAAGGCAGCGAAUAUCGGGGCAAUAUUGUCGGAUGUUGAUUUGACGAUUGCGUCGGAGCUGCGUGAGUCGAGUAACUUGCAGGAUGGGAUUGAUGAUCUCAAGAAGUAUCUCGAUUCGUUGAUGUAUAGUCCGCCGACGUUCUCGUAUGGGGCGGGCUCGGCGUUUGGGGCGAAGAGGGAUGAGGAUGAUGAGAUUGGGAGGGUGAAGAGGGAGAUUAGGGCGGUGAAGGGGGUGUUGUUGACGGCGAGGAGUUUUCCGGGGGUGGGGGCGGGGGUGAGGUAG